AUGAACGGUUCAUACGGUAAUACAAAUUUUAUUGUACGCCUUCGUGGUUUACCAUGGAAUACGACACAAACUGAAGUACAAAAUUUUCUUCAAGGUUGUAAAAUUCGUCAAACAAAUUUUGUAACUAAUGAUCAAGGUCGAGUUACUGGAGAAUGCUUUGUCGUAUUAGAAUCAAAUGAUGAUGUUGAUCUUGCAAAAAGUUUUCAUCAAAAAAAUAUUGGCAGUCGUUAUAUUGAAGUAUUUGAAUCUAAUGCCGAUGAAAUGGCUCAAAUGACAAAAAAUAAUACUACUGCAAAUACUCAUCAAAAUAGUGACAAUAAUUCUUCAAAUAUAACUAAUGAUAAUUGGCGUGAACCAGUUGUUCGUUUGCGUGGUUUACCAUAUAAUUCAAGCAAAGAAGAUGUCACACGUUUUUUUGAAGGUAUGUACAGAUAA